AAAGCUUUCUCACGCAUGCGCAGUUGCCGGCACUACUGUUGGCCCUUAUGCUGCUCGCGUCAAGUUGCCGUCUGGCUAGUCGUACAGUGGACGUGUCGCAAAGAGGUUGUCGUAAUUCCGCUCUUCAUUGCAUCAAGUACUGUACACACCAUGAGGCUGACUACUAUUCUGGCUACGUUGCUGCUGGUGGCGUCGGUGUCGGCCAUCCCCAGCAAUUGUAAAGGGCGAAGGUGUCGAACCCGAGUGAACCCAUCCACUACCGUCACACCCGACGAUACGACUGACCCUCUCCCCGCCGCGCCCCUCAGCCGACCUCCACUCAAACGUCCGGUCAAGACUACUACAGAAUCUGUGACGGAGGCGGCGACGGAGGCUGUGACGGAUCCUGUUACGGAGGAAAUUCGACGGGCCGGUGUGAAUGGAUGGUUAGCGGCCCCGACCCCAGCGCCUUCCAAGAGCCGCACAACACCCACGACGAAGGCUGACAAGCCAGGACUGUGUGAGACUCCCAAGGGUUUCGGGAUCAAGUGUAUGAGCGGCCUGGAUCAGUGUAAGGAAGACGGCCAGUGCCCAGGCUCCACCAAGUGCUGUAUGGUGGGCGAGUGUGGCAAGCUGUGUGUCAAACCUAAGCCUACUUCAACUGAGGCCAAGGAACCGACGAAAGAAAGUGAGAAGAACGAGGCUAAGAAGAAUAAAGAGGCCAAGGAGAAUACAAGUGAGAAAUUAGAGGAAGAAGAGACCGAGACUCAGCGACCUCAGGACCUGUCAGGGGACGCCGUUGAGGAUACGACUAACGAGGAAGACAACAGUGAAAUCAAAGAAGUGAAGAAUGAAGAAAUAAAGGUAGAGGAAGAUAACGAGAAUGAGGAAAGAGAAGAUAACAUACCAACAGAAGUGUCAACGGCAACAGAAGACAGUACCCCAGUCGACGAAUCAACCGACAACACAACAGAGGCGUAAGUCAGUGAGAACGUUCGCUAGAUGAGUAUGUUGCGUUUAGCCCUGGUUGUGUCACGUUGCCAGGAUGGUGUUUGUCAUAGUCUUAGUUAGAUGGGGGAUCACGUAUCUCCUGUAACGUGUUUAUCCUCUAGGAAUAUAUUAAACAGUCUGUUACAUUUAUAGAACCAAUUAAUAUAUAUUUUUGUGAUUUGUAAAGAUAUUAAUUUUUAUUUUUUUUUCACUGACGAGGGAACGAUGGUGUUUUCAGUUCAGAGAGGUCUUGUGCCUUCUGAAAUACUAAGUUAUAAUGACAGUUUGUUUAGUUUACUCAAUAAAAAGUAGUUCUAAUGUUAAAAGAAAAAUAGUGAAGAUUUCGCUCCUUCGUGAAUGCAGGUAAAGGCUGGAACUUUAUCUUGAUGUCUCAGGCUUUUUUUUUUUUUUACAUAUCACUGUAUCAACGGAGGCUUCUUAGUGGCCGAAUGAGAACCACUUCGCAUGCGAUUGGUCACUUCUGGUACACUGCAGAUGCGUGUGUUACUUCCUUAACCAAAAAACUAAUUCAUUUGUUUUAAAAAGAUGUUUGAGGAAGUUGCUCUCCACCUAGUUGUUUUUUUAAUACAGUCAACCAAAGGCAUAAAAAAUCCAUGUUUUACUUUGGUAAUAUUGACAUCUUAAUAUAAACAAAAUUGUAUUGUGUCCAAGUUUGACUUUAUGAACUAUUGGUGUUCUGUAUACUGUAUAUAUGUGUAGUGUUAGAAUAAACUUUGUUAAAUAUA